UGGGACGAAAUGACACUGGGACAAAAUGAAUUUGGGACGAAAUGAAAAGGGACGAAAUGAGUGAGGGACGAAAUGAAUGGGACGUAGUGUAAGGGGACGAAAAGUAAUGGGACGAAAUGAGUGUCCACCUUUCGUUCUAUCAUCGAUAAUUUUCUUAUUGAGCGAACGUAAUAAGCGAAUAGAAUUUUUUUCCUUUUCUGUUUAUCGUUCAACCAAUACGAGGAGGUGUUGUUGAUCUGAAGAAGUACCCGAAUCUGUAUGGUGAAAUCUUUUUCCUUCCUCAAAUUUAUAUAAAAAUAGAAUUUUGCCACACUGAUAUUUAUUUAAUAAAAAAUGAUUGUAUUUUAUUUGUUUUUCAUAGAAAAUCUUCAAGUUGGACAAUUGAAGAUUUUGAAAUAGGUUAUUUAUUAGGACGUGGUCGAUUUGAUUACGUUUAUUGUGGUCGAGAAAAACAAACAUGUUUUAUUGUUGCAUAUAAAAUAUUAUUUAAAGCUCCAUUUAAAAAUUCUAAAAUGUUACAACAAGUAAAACGUGAAAUAGAAAUUCAAUCAAGUCUUAAGGGUAUGUUUGGAGAAUUUUAUGAAUAUAGUAAUUAUAAAUUAACCUGUUCUAGAUAUUAA